AUGGACUACCGGCUUACGGAGCCCAUAUCAGCCUAUCCAAACGGAUACCACGCAGAUCCGUUCUUUGGAGACCCGUCACCAGAGCUCGAUCAGGGCUGGAACGAUCGCUUGAGGUGUAAGAAAGCUUCCAACCCCCAGGGUACUGAUGCUGACGGUCUUGAAGACGCCACGAUACGCCUCUCCCCAGAGGAAUUCUCGCACUACAACCAGAGCGGUAUCCUUCUCGGAGACGGAUCGGGAUAUCUCGCUACCCCAACAGCGUACCAUGACCUGCACUGCAUCAGGUUCCUCCAUAAGACUGUCUACCCGGAACACUACUUCCCCAACGAUUCGGAGAAGAAGCAGCUCGGAAGGAACGCUCACGCCCGACACUGCCUACACAACUUGUACCACUCGCUAACCUGCAACGCGGACAUGACUAUCCGUGUUAUGAGGUGGCAUCCAAACUUGCACCUGCCGUCGCCAGUCGACCACGAGCACGAGUGCAUGAACUGGGAUAGCAUCGACGAGUGGGCGAAGGAGCGGUACGUGGAUACGGCGACACCAGGGUUGCUGGUGCAUCCGACCAAAGGUAAAGUGUUCCCUGGCGGGAAGUAUGUGGACCACGACGAGGAGUGA